ACAGACUUUGGGUUCAACAGACUGACCCUCCACCUGGAUCUUUGCUGAUGGUGCACAGAAUAUAACUGAAAAUGAACUGUGAGUUACUGGCCACGUGCAGCGCACUGGGGUAUUUGGAGGAAGGAGUCUACCACAAAGAGUUUGACUGUUUAGAGAGUGUGAAAGAUUUGAUCCGGUAUCUGCGUCAUGAGGACGACACUCGGGACGUACGGCAGCAGCUCGGGGCAAGUCAGAUCAUCCAGAAUGACCUCCUCCCGAUCAUUGUCCAGCACGGGCAGGACAAGACUCUAUUUGAUGCAUGUAUCAGGCUCAUGGUGAACCUCACACAGCCCGCCAUGCUUUGCUUUGGGAAAGUGCCUGAUGACCCUGUGUUCAGACACCACUUUUUAGAAGUUACAUCUCAUUUACAAGCUUAUAAAGAGGCCUUUGCCAGUGAAAAGGUGUUUGGUGUUUUGAGCGAGACUUUGUAUAAUCUUUUACAACUGGACUGGGAGCACAGGCAGGAGGAGGACAACCUGCUCAUCGAGAGGAUUCUGAUGCUGGUCCGAAAUGUUCUCCAUGUUCCAGCUGAUCCCAAUGAGGAGAAGAAGGUGGACGAUGACGCGAGUAUCCAUGACCGUGUGCUGUGGGCUCUUCACAUGAGUGGCUUCGACGACCUCGUUAAGUUUCUGUCGUCAGCUCAAAGCGAGCAGCAGUGGAGUAUGCACGUGCUGGAGAUAAUCUCUCUCAUGUUCAGGGACCAGACCCCUGAAGCCCUGGUGAGCGCGGGUCAGGCUCGAUCGGCUGAAGAGAAGCAGAGAGACGCUCAGGAGCUGGAGGCGCUGAGGCAGAGGGAGCAGGCCGCCAAACGCUCCAGGACGCUACAGAGAGGGACCAGGCAUUCGCGGUUCGGAGGGUCUUUCGUCAUUCAAGGCCUGAAGUCCGUCGGAGAGAAAGAUGUGAUUUACCACCAGAAAAUAAACAACUUUAAAAAUUACACCCAUGACUCCGGCAAAGCAGUGCGACGUGUCCCAAAGCGCCACCGUCAGGCUCAGGAGUGUAAUGACAAGCGUCGCUCUGCUCUGAACGUUCGACUGUUUCUGAGGGAGUUCUGUUUGGACUUUUUAGAAAACUGCUACAACCACCUCAUGUACCUCGUCAAGGAGAGCCUGAUCCGUGAGCAGACCCAGCAGCACGAUGAGACAUAUUACCUUUGGGCUCUGAGCUUCUUCAUGGCGUUUAACCGAGGAAACGGCUUCAGAGCGGAGUUUGUGUCCGAGACGAUGUCGAUCCGAGCAUUUCACUUCAUCGAACGAAACAUCACCAACUACUACGAGAUGAUGCUGACCGACCGCAAAGAGGCUGUGUCCUGGUCACGCAGGAUGCACUUGGCACUUAAAGCUUAUCAAGAACUUCUUCUCACUGUGAAUGAAAUGGACCAAUCAAAAGACGAGACCAUUCGCCAGAGCUCCAAUGUCAUCAAAAGUAACAUCUUCUACAUGAUGGAGUACAGGGAGAUAUUUGUGACUUUGUUGAGGAAGUUUGAUGAGACCAAACAGCCGAGGUCAUAUGUGAAAGAUCUGGUGGAAACUACACACCUGUUUUUACGAAUGUUGGAGAGAUUUUGUAAAGGACGUAAAAGCCUGAUGGUGCAGAAAAAGCGAGUGAAGCGUAGAAAGUCCAAAGGAGGAAAGAAAACAGUGACGGAGCAGACUCCUGAGGCUCUGUCUGAGACCUGGAAGAUUGUGGAGGAGGAGCUCAGAGCCAUGGAGUUUAAGCUGUCGUUGUCUCUGACUGAAAGCGUGGUGCCGUUCGAUGCCACCUCAGAGACCCCCCUGGAGGAGCAGAGGACCGAGGUCAUGAUCCGAGUCCAGGACGCUCUACUGAACCGGCUCGGACCUGAGGCUCUGGGGCUGCUCAGGGCCGCCAGGGAGGUGUGGCCUGAGGGAGAUGUGUUCGGUUCCCCUGAUGUGGAGCCUGAAGAGGAGCUGGAGCUUCUCAAACAGAUUCUCCAUGCAAACCUUCCGAGAUCGUCUGCCCCUGAACCGGUUCCAGACGAAGAAGAUGAUGGAGCAGAGUUUGAGGAGGAAGAGCUGGAGACGAUACAAGUGUCAGAGCAGGAGUUCAACUUCCUGGAUUUUAUCAAGAGGUUUGCUCAGCCCACUAUAGUGCGUCCAUAUCUUCAUUUACUGAAAACCUACUCUAAAAACACUUCCCACACAAACCACUGCAUCGCCCGAAUGCUGCACCGCGUCGCCGUGGACCUCAAAAUGGACGCCCUGCUCUUCCAGCUGUCGGUGUUUCACAUCUUCAACAAACUCCUGAGUGACCCUGCAGCAGCUGCAUUCUCGGAGCUGGUGACUUUUGCCAAAUUCGUUGUGAGAGGUUUCUUUAAACUGGUCGCUCAGAACGACAAAGCCUAUGUGGAGCUGCUGUUCUGGAAGAAUGUGGGCGCAGUGCGAGAGAUGACCGAGGGCUACACCAAAGACGGUGGCGGUAAGAAAGUGGCCUGGACUGAAGAGGAAGAAGAGGAGCUGCGCAAACUGUACGAGGAGCAUUGCGAUUCAGAGGUGCCAGAUAUCAUAGAGCACAUCCUGCCUCUUCUUAGUAACAGUAAUCGCAACCGAAGGCAAGUCGUGGUGCAGCUCGUUCAUAUGGGUUUGGUGAGCGGAGCUAAAGAACUCAAGAAACCAAAGAAGGGCACAGGGAUUGUUCUGUGGACGGAGGAGCAGGAGGAGGAGCUGCAGAUGCUGUUUGAGGAGUUUAAGGACUCUGAUGACAUUCUGGGUGACAUUCUGAAGAAGAUCACGGCGAAGCGUUCUCGAGCUCGUAUAGUGGACAAACUGCUGAGUCUGGGGCUGGUGUCGGACCGCCGAGAGCUGCACAAGAAGAGGAGGGGAACGGGAGGAGGAAGAGAGGGAGGAGGGGGACGGGCCAGAGGCAAAAGUGCAGGAAAAAGCUCUGGCAGAGGAAUGACAGAAGAGGAGUUCUUGUCCCAGCUCACUGGAGAGUUCCCUGAUAGUGAUGAAGAGGAUUUGGACAGAGAAGAAGAGGAGGAGUCCGAGGAGAGUGAGGAAGAGGAGGGAGGGGACAUGGAGGGGACUCAAAAUGGCGGGUUAAUGAACAGCAGAAAUAUAGCUACAUCAUCAAAACGCGCUGACGUGAGCGCUCUGGCCUGGGCUCUCAGACAAGAAGGCAUGUCAGGACCGAUACAGUGGCUUCAGAACUGUCUCAAUAAAACUGCCAACUAUCGCGAAGAGGAUGGCAUGUCCCAGCCCGUGCCUCUGGUCCCUCUCACCGAAGAGAAUGAAGAUGCCAUGGAUAACCGGAGCUUCCAGAAACUGUUGAAGAAGCUGGGGCUCAGGGCUCCAGCAGAUGAACAGGAGUCCUUUUGGAGAAUCCCCGCUAAGAUCACACCCUUCCAGCUUCGUGUGGCAGCAGCCUCCCUCAGUCCAUCAGAAGCCCCUCCCACUGGACCAGAGGAGGGUCCGAGCGGGUCCACAGAGUCCAGAGACCAAGAACCAGACCAAGAACCAGACCAGGAUCCAGACCAGGACCAGGGCACUUCCAGUGAGCAGAGAACCCAGGCCCUCCGAGCUCUGCUUCUGGAGAGGAAGCGGAAGCACCACAACACUGACGACGCAGCUCCUGUGUCGAACCCAAAUCCUCUGGAAGAACAGAACGGUUCACCUGAAAAACCUUCAGUAAAGACUUCAACCAAAAGAAGAAGAGUUUUAGACGAGGACAAAGAAAAUGAGAAUGACAGCUCCACUCCCAUGACUGUGGAAACCAACGUGGACGUGGACUCAGAUGCAGAGGACCUGUCUGCUCCAGUUAAACGCAGGAGGAAGAUGGUGAUUGAUGACGAUGAUGAUGAAUAGAGCCUCUUUUAAAAACAUUUGUGGGUCACGUCCUGGAAACAGCUGCAGGCGACACUGGGCAAAUAUCUACCAACUGAACAAUGGUUGCUAAGGUGAAGGUAGAGUGCAGACAAGCGGACAAUGUUGUUUCCUUCACAACCUUACAAUAAAACUACCACCUGUGUGUAUAGCGGCUAAUAGUGUAUAAUAGGCUAAUAAUCCAUUUAGCUAACCCUGACCAAAUCUUACUCAAAUCUACAAAUGCCUGCACUUGACCUCUAACUUUAGCUGCGUUGAAGGAUGGGUUAAACACAGUGUUUACCCGGUGCAAUGUGCAGGAGUCUCAUUAGUGGAGAUGCACAGAUUGUGUUGUGAUAGCGCUUUGAAAGGGGAGUGACUUAGCCUGGAGAGCAAACGGAGGGGGAAUCAGAGUGUAAAAAAACAUGUUAAUACAUGUUUUUGGUGGAUAUAGCAUUUUCAAAACAAUAAAAGGUAACCAGGUGACCUAAAUAUACACUGUGUUAUCAGUUAAUACCUCAUAGAAGUGUAAUACUCCCUCUUUAAUUUACAUUUUUAAAUACAAAAUUAGAUUAAAAACAUUACCGCCACCUUAAAACUUGUACUGUCCCCCUUUACGGUAACUUGCCUUAUUCAAAUGCCUCUGUUCAAACAAAAUUCACAUGUACUGUACUGUACUGUACUGUGUGGUCCCAAAUAUAUAUAUAUUCA